AUGCCAGCUAACUGGGUACCCACAAGCGAAAUGGUUAUUUGUCGAACUGCUUGUGGUGCCUAUCUGCGAUUCCGACUCAAUAGAAUGCCCAAAACCCGGCAAUAUCAUAGAUUAUAUUCAAUAAGUCGUUAUGCAUACAUCUCACCGCCUGGCGGGCUUUUGAACGAGUCAGGCCAUCGCGGCAUUCCGACUCAUCGAAGCCCAUCGCUUUCAUUACCUUUCCCAUACGCUUUACCUCAGCAUGCGUUGAUUUUCCAGCGGAAUUCACAUCGCUACCUAUCGACAAAGCGUGUAAUCCGGCAUAUAGCAUCGGAGCGAUCCCCACGAGGAUUACGGCACAAGCCGCCGGAUUUUUGGAGCAUGAUGCUUCCCACACUCAUACCGAGCAGGGUCUGUAAUACUUUUCAAUAA